AUGGAGGAGGUGGGCUGCGUCUCCCCAGAUUAUAGAUGGAGGAGGUGGGCUGCGUCUCCUCAGAUUAUAGAUGGAGGAGCUCACAGGACCUCACCCAGCUCACAGGACCUCACCCAGCUCACAGGGCCUCACCCAGCUCACAGGGCCUCACAGGACCUCACCCAGCUCACAGGGCCUCACCCAGCUCACAGGACCUCACCCAGCUCACAGGACCUCACCCAGCUCACAGGACCUCACCCAGCUCACAGGGCCUCACCCAGCUCACAGGGCCUCACCCAGCUACCCAGCUCACAGGGCCUCACCCAGCUCACAGGGCCUCACCCAGCUCACAGGGCCUCACCCAGCUCACAGGGCCUCACCCAGCUCACAGGGCCUCACAGGACCUCACAGGACCUCACCCAGCUCACAGGGCCUCACCCAGCUCACAGGGCCUCACCCAGCUCACAGGGCCUCACCCAGCUCACAGGGCCUCACCCAGCUCACAGGACCUCACCCGGCUCACAGGACCUCACCCAGCUCACAGGACCUCACCCAGCUCACAGGGCCUCACCCAGCUCACAGGACCUCACCCAGCUCACAGGGCCUCACCCAGCUCACAGGGCCUCACCCAGCUCACAGGGCCUCACCCAGCUCACAGGACCUCACCCAGCUCACAGGGCCUCACCCAGCUCACAGGGCCUCACCCAGCUCACAGGACCUCACCCAGCUCACAGGCCCCACUACGAGCGGUACACCACGGUGCUCAUGCCCAGUAUCUUCGGCGUCAUCUGCCUCCUCGGUCUCCUCGGCAACACCAUCGUCAUCUACACCAUCGUCAAGAAGACCAAGCUGUGCUCCCAGCAUACAGGCCCGGACAUCUUCAUCUUCAGCCUGUCCAUGGCCGACCUCCUCUUCCUCCUGGGCAUGCCCUUCCUCAUCCACCAGCUGGUCGGCCGCGGCUCCUGGUGCUUCGGCGCCGCCCUCUGCACCGUCAUCACGGCGCUGGACUCCAACAGCCAGAUCGUCAGCACCUACAUCCUCACGGUCAUGACGCUGGACCGCUACCUCGCCACGGUGCACCCCAUUCGCUUCAAGCACGUGCGCACGCCGUUCAUGGCCGGGGCCGCCGUGGCGCUGGUCUGGGUGUUCUCGCUGGUGUCCAUCACUCCCGUGUGGCUGUACACCGGGCUCAUGCCGCUGCGGGACGGUACGGUGGGCUGCGCGCUGCUGCUGCCGAACCCGGCCACCGACACUUACUGGUUCACGCUGUACCAGUUCGUGUUGGCCUUCGCGCUGCCGCUGGUCGUCAUCUGCAGCGUUUUUGUCAAGAUUCUUCAGACCAUGUCGGUGACGGUGGCGCCGCUUCCACAGCGCAGCCUGAGGAUCCGCACACGUAAAGUGACGCGCAUGGCGGUGGCCAUCUGCGCCGCCUUCUUCCUCUGCUGGGCGCCGCACUACAUCCUGCAGCUGGUGCACCUCGGGGUGCAGCGGCCGUCCUUCGCCUUCAUGUACGCCUACAACAUCGCCAUCAGCCUGGGCUACGCCAACAGCUGCAUCAACCCUUUCAUCUACAUCGCUCUGAGCGACACCUUCAAGAGGCACUUCCUGGUGGCGGUGCGCUCCACCUACCGGAGCUUUCGUGUGGCGCCUUUGGCGGGGGAUGGCAGCAUGCACCUGCGGCUGGCUCCGGACCAGUCCUCGGGGGAGCUGCUGCAGAACAUGCUCCCAGUAACGGUCACCAUUAACAAGUGA